UCCGAGGUGUCUCUCGGCUAGGCGCAUGCGUUGACCGAGCUCUCUCCCUGCUUGAGUCUCCACUAUGUGGAAUAAUAACGUUAUUGCCGAGCAACGGGACGGUUGAUGAUGUUUGCCUGAGUCGGGGCAGAGGGCGGCUGCGCUGCUAGGCAGAAGAUCUUCAAUAAUCUACUGGUAUAUGUACUAACCUGUGGAUCAAAAUACUGGACGAUUACUAGCCACAUGAUCUUUUGGAAGUUUGAAAAAGGCUAUAAUAUCAAAAAAGACAUGCAAGGAUGACAUAACCUGGAAUCAGGUUCAGUAGCAGCAGAAAUGAGCUUGACAUCUUGGUUUUUGGUGAGCAGUGGAGGUACUCGUCACCGCCUACCACGUGAAAUGAUCUUUGUAGGCCGGGACGACUGUGAAUUGAUGCUGCAGAUGGCCAAAGUGUGCAAAGUCCUGCAGAUACGAUCCCGCAGUGUGGACAAGCAACAUGCCGUGAUCAACUAUAACUCUACUGAAGAUGAGCAUAAAGUAAAGGACCUUGGCAGUCUAAAUGGGACAUUUGUUAAUGAAGCCCGCAUACCAGAGCAAACCUAUAUCACUCUGAGGAUGGAUGAUAAACUUCGAUUUGGAUAUGAUACUAAUUUGUUUACUGUGGUGAGAGGGGAACUGCGAGUCCCUGAGGAAGCACUUAAGCAUGAGAAGUUUACAAGUCAAUUGCAAUUACAACAGAAACCUCCAGAGGUAGAAGAAUCAAAAGAGGAAAUUGACAGUUCUGUGGAGGCCAGAGCAGAUACAAUGUCCAAUGCAGUAGACUUGCACAAAGCUAUUACAGUAGAUAUUUCUACUAUGCCAGUAGCCCGAGGUACGCCUCUGUAUGGACAGCCUGCUUGGUGGGGUGAAGAUGAUGCAGAUGAUGAAAAUUCAAGCAAGCAAGACCCCAAGCCAGUGAGUGUGAAGCUUGAAAGCAGUGCUACAGGAGGUAGGAACUCGAGCAGAAAUCCCAAGGAAGCUGGUAAACCUGAAGAUGAUAGCAAAAACUUAGAAGAGGAAGUAACUUAUCCAUUCUGCAGAGAACCAAGCUAUUUUGAAAUUCCUACUAAAGAAUCUCAUCAGUCUGUCCUCUCAGUAGAAAGUUCAAUUCAUGAAAUCCCAACAAAGGAUACAGAGGCUUCACGUGCAGUAGUUCAAGGACAUGCUUCAUUUACGAUAGAAUUUGAUGAACACACUCCAGGGAAAGUAACAAUCAAAGAUCAUGUCACUAAAUUCACUCCAGAUCAGCGUCAGAAGCUGAAGAAGUCUCCACCAGCUACAAAAGAACUGUCUGGACUUCAGGCUGCUAUGAUAGCAGCAGAAAGCAAAGUAGCUGAUUGGUUGGCACAAAAUGAUCCGCCCAGAAUGAGACGGGAAUCAGUGGAUGAUGAUUCCAAAAGCAUAAAGAGUGACCUCACAAUUCAGAUGAGACGGUUAAAAGGAAAUAAACAUGAUGAUGGAACACAAAGUGAUACAGAAAAUGGAAAUGGUCAAAUACGUGCUCACAAACAUGCUGCACUUGAAGAUCAAUUGAGGAUGUAUCGUGCUGAACAACAGAGGCUUCAUCUUCAGAAGACUUCAAUUUCUGAAAAGGGCCAUGAAAUGUCUUCAAUGAGUCGGACUGCCUUUAUGAUUGAGUUCUUUGAUGAGGAUAACCCACGAAAGAGAAGGUCCUAUUCUUUCACUCAAGUUGCAGCAGCUGUACCUCAAGAUGGUCCUCAUCCAUUUCCACCUGCAAAGCCAGACAGGUCAAAAGCUAACAUGACUAAUUCAAAGGCAGUUUCAUUUACACAUCAACCAAGUCCUCCUCAUGCUAAAUCAUCGCACGUUAUACAUGAAUCUCAUCAAACAAUACAUUUACAAAAACAAAAAACAGAAUCGCCAGUUCCUUUAGUAAUAGCCCAAGCACCACAGCAGAGAAGUUCUGGUAGUGCUGGGCAAAGACAGAAUCAAAGUAAUUUGGAACCACAAACAAUUUCACCGUCUGUUUCAAAGGAAAAUGAUGAUGACCAAAGUGACAAAGGAACGUACACAAUUGAACUUGAAAAUUCUAAUACAGAGGAAGAGGAAGCUCGUAGAAUGAUUGAUACGGUGUUUGGAGUAGUAGAUUCCCAAAAUUACACUGGCUGUGGUAUCACAAGGCCAGUCAUUGCUGAACAAAAAAUCAAAUGGAAACAAAAUUCUCCUGAACAAGUAACAGGUGCAAGAAAUGGCGAAUUUAGUAAAGAACAUUUGAAUGACACUGAGACACAACCUGAAGGCUCCUUUGCACCCACUUCCCCCAGAUGGGUGUCACAAUGGGCAAAUUUAGCUGCCAAUGAUGUGGCAGCACAAACCUCUAUUGCUCACGACCAAGAUAUCAGUGAAUCUGGUAUUUCAGCAAAGAGCGCAUCAACAACAUCAGAAACCGCUUCAGCCUAUGUGGCCGAAAGAAAGAGAAGAACACUUCCACAGCUUCCAAUAGAAGAUAAAAUUGUAGAAGGCCAAAGGUCAAAAGAUUCCCUUGCUUUAAGUGCAGCAAAGCCCAGACGAGAAAUAGAUGAAAAGCAAGACACUGAGCUCCCUGAGAAAGAAACUACAACACCACCUCACCAAAAAGACAAGCAAAAGGAACACACUAAUGCAACACGGCCAGCAGAUGGCUCCAGUAUUAAAACCAACAAUGCUGGAAAUAUUCGCAAUGAAACUGCAAACAGUAAGGAAGCAGCGGUGUUUCAUUCUAGUAAUUCCACACAGCCUAUUAAAGCAAAAGCAGAUGCUAUUAGGGGAAUAUCGGCAACAAGGCAAUCUUCACCUAAAACUCAACAACAGGGCCACAAAGAAAAUUUAUACCAUAGGAGCGCUUCUAAAACAAUGACUUCUAGUAAGCAUUUACUUAGCACUGCCAACCAAACUGACAAAAGCAGAGGAGCAUCAUCAAGGCAAGUGGUCUCCCAAAAAUCUAACGUUCAGGAAUCAAAACUAGCAAUUUCGGCGAGCGCUUCAGAUAAAGCAGUAAUUCAAAGUGAAGAUAAACAGAAUAAAUCAGAAGAGUCUGACAGAGGGCACAAUUCUAAAGGUGCAGACACAGAAAAGAAAGAUUCUCAUAGAACCUUGGUCAGACAGGGAAGUUUCACUAUAGAAAAGCCAAGUGGUAAUGUGCCCUCGGAACUCAUACCUCGUAUCACUGUGCAGUCUGGUUUAUCUGGUGAUGCACAUAAAACCACAUGCAGGGAGAGAAGUAAUUCUAUUGGAGCAGAUUCCACCACUGGCACUACUGCAUUGUUGAAGGAUACAGAGGCAGUGAUGGCUUUUCUAGAAGCAAAGCUAAAGGACAAGAACAAGCUGGACGGUGAAGCAGAAACUCCAAGCUACCACAGGGAUAACUCAAUUUCCCCAGAAUCCGAUGUGGACACUGCUAGUACUAUUAGCUUAGUUGGUGGAGAUGUAGAAAAGAAAUCUCUUCAAAAACGGAGAACUCUGAGUAACCUUCACAAGGAGAAAAGUUUCACAAAAUCUCCUAAGGAUCAGUCAAGAGCUGUUGUAACCAAUGUUAGAGAAAAAUUUGUAGAUAGGAAAGCCAAAACUCGUGGAUCAGAGCCUAAUAUUAGAACAGAGCCACGCAGAUCAAUCCAAACCACUGGAAGAGUGAGACAGGCCUCCUUUGACUUGACUGAUGAUGACCAAACUUCAAGUUUACCUCAGUCCACCAUCUCUGAUUUUCUUUCUUCAGAUCAGGAGACCUAUUCCAGUCGAUCACAAGGGCGGACAUCAUUUACAUCCACAGAUGAGCUAUUGCAUUCUAAACUGGCCAGCAAUAAAUUAUCCAAGACAAAAACUACUGCUGUUGGCUCAGCAAGCAAAUCGACCACACUACCAAAGCCUCGACCAACCAGAGCAUCUAUUUUACGGAGGGCACGCCUUGGAGAUGUAUCAGAUAAUGAAUUAGCUGAUGCAGAUAAAGUUUCAGUGGUAUCUGAAGUAUCUACAACCAGUUCCACUACAUCGAAGCCACCGACGGGCAGAAAAACACCCUCUCGAUUAGAUCUCCUUGCUCAACCACGACGCAACCGAUUGGGUUCCAUAUCAGCUCGCAGUGACUCUGAAGCAACAAUAACUAGGAGUAGUGGUGGUCGAAACAGUGACUCCUCCAUUCGGAGUAACUUGCGUGGCAUAUCAAUGAUAGAUAGCAAAGUUUCUCCCCGACUUCGUGCUAAUAGUAUUUCAAGAAUGCCUGAUUCUUCCAAGAGCAAAAUAUCUGCUAUGGGACAAGCUUCCCCAUCAGUUAUAUUGCAAGGUCCAAGAUGGAGGCGCUUUCCUACAGAUUAUGCUUCAACCUCUGAAGAUGAAUUUGGGUCAAAUCGAAGUUCACCUAAACAUAGCCGUUUAAGAACCAGUACUGCACUGAGGAGCACUAAGCUGCAAAGUGGUAACGUGACACCAUCAACCAACAUGCUGCUGAAAAAUAAGAUGAAGGAGCAGGAUGACUACAUAAGAGACUGGACUGCUCACAGUGAGGAAAUUGCCAGGUAUCUUUCAAUAUCAAAGAUCAGUCAAGAUCUGGCCAAGGAUCUGGCCAUCCUUGCACGUGAAAUCCAUGAUGUGGCAGGUGAGAUAGAUUCUGUGAGUUCAUCAGGCACAGCCCCUAGUACCACAGUAAGCACUGCUGCCACCACCCCAGGUUCAACCAUUGAUACAAGGGAAGAGGUAGGAGACCUUCAUGGAGGAAUGCCUAAGUUGGUUGAUCGUGUUUUUGAUGAAAGUUUGAACUUCAGAAAAAUUCCUCCAGUGCCAUGUAUAAAACCAGCAGCUGGAAAUGGUCGACCAAGUGAAACCAGAUCUCGAAUUUUAGAAGCUGCUGAUCAGGCUGCAACAAAGAGGAAGACGUGGAAUAGAGAUGAAGUUGUUUUAGACAGUUUGAUGCUGACCUCGGUAUCACAGUUAUCGCAGAAAAUACGCCACACAAUGGAGAAAACUGCUCUGAAGAUCAGGGUUUUAUUUAAAAAUGAAGAUAGAAACUGGGAAGAAAUAGAAUGCAAAAUGCGUUCUGAAAGUGAAGUUCCUAUCCUGAAAACUUCAAAUAAGGAGAUUUCACUGAUCUUGCAGGAGUUAAAGAGGAUAGAGAAACAACUCCAAGCCAUCAAUGUGAUGAUUGAUCCAGAUGGUGCACUGGAUUCAGCAUGUGGUUUGAAAAUACCAUGUUCCAGUUUGCCUGGACAGCCCAAACAGAAGAGUAGUCCAACACGCCAUUCUCGUAUCUCCACCUCCGACUCUGACUACAGCAACCAUUUAAGCCAGUAUAAACAGAAUGGAGGAGAUAAAGAUGAUUCUUUGCAUGAGUAGCAUUGUUUCGUAGUCUCUUUAAAGUGGCAAACUAUAUACCAACAGACCACAUUUUUGAUUUGGCCUGUAUUGAUGAGAACAUUUGCUUGCCAUUUAAUUAUCUAGCCUCAAGGUGUUUUCUUGCUUUCCGUGGUUCUUUUGUCACCACGUUACUCUUGCUAGAGCUGUAAGCUUUGCAUCCAUCCAGUAAUGGAACAUUACGGUAGGAGUUGGA